AUGCUGAUGAUCGUCAUAGGUAGCAUGGGCGACAAGUCGAUCAAGGACAUGGUCAUUACCACCUUGAAUGCGACUACGAAGAAUCCCGCCGCUACCCUCAACAGCGCCCUCAUGCACCGUCAUUUCAACUUCAUCAUCGAUCGUCUCCAGGCCAAGGAAGCUAAGUCCCGUUACCAAGCUACAUCUCGAAACGCUACCAUGAACCCAAAGUCCAACAAAGACAACAGAAAGGGUUCAGGUAGACGGAGUAACUACAAAACUGUUGUGGAUUCAAAGGAGUAG